AUGUCCAGCAUGAAUCCCGAAUAUGAUUAUUUAUUCAAGUUACUGCUGAUUGGGGAUUCCGGAGUUGGAAAAUCUUGCCUUCUUCUUAGGUUUGCAGAUGAUACAUAUACAGAAAGCUACAUCAGCACAAUUGGUGUGGAUUUUAAAAUAAGAACCAUAGAGUUAGAUGGGAAAACAAUUAAACUUCAAAAAUGGGACACAGCAGGCCAAGAGAAAUUUCGAACAAUCACUUCCAGUUAUUACAGAAGAGCCCAUAGCAUCAUAGUAGUGUAUGAUAAGGCAGACCAGGAAUCCUUCAAUAAUGUAAAACAGUGUCUGCAGGAAAUAGAUCUUUAUGCCAGUGAAAAUGUCAACAAGUUAUUGGUAGGGAACAAAUGUGAUCUGACCACAAAGAAAGUAGUAGACUACAAAACAGCAAAGGAAUUUGCAGGUUCUCUUGGAAUUCCAUUUUUGGAAACCAGUGCAAAGAAUGCAACAAACGUAGAACAGUCUUUCAUGACAAUGGCGGCUGAGAUUAAAAAGCAAAUGGGUCCUGGAGCAACAGCUGGGGGUGCAGAGAAAUCCAAUGUUAAAAUUCAGAGCACUCCAGUCAAGCAGUCUAGUGGAGGUUGCUGCUAAAAUCUGCCUCCCUUCUUUUCUCACAAUGAAUUUGCAAUCUGAACCCAAGUGAAAAAACAAAAAAAAAACAAAAAAAACACA